GCAGCAACGGAGGAAACAGUCGCAGGAUGCACUCCCACCACGAAACGGAAGAGAAAGAAGUGGAGAGGAUGUGGGAAGAUUGGGGCAGUUCGAUCAAGGCGUAGAAUAAGUUGGAGAGAUCGUAGGAGAGAGAGGAACCAGACAGAUAGAGGGAGAGAAAGAGGAGCAGCAGGGAAACCGAUGGCGCAAGUAAGCAGAGGAGAACAGGCAGAGGAGGUCAAUGGAUCAUCGAUCAAGAGAGGGGAUGAGGAGGACGCAGCAGAGGGGAGUGCGGGUUUCAAGCUUAACGUCCACGCGCCGGAGUUCGUACCCAGGUCACAGUUGCAAGCCGUGCCGCCCUUGUCGGGCUGCUUCUACCCUUACCUCCCUUUCUUCGAGAAUGGAUGCGGCGGCUCGGCUCUGGGGCCGGGUUGGUUCUACUUUGCGGAGCAAGAACCCAUUCACUUCAUCCCGGAUUUCCAUGGAAAGGUUGCAGGACAUUCGAAGGACAGCAACGAUGUGAUUCAGAAGAUCGUAAAGCAGGUCUCACUCAUGCAAUUCGUCCUCCGUUUUCCUCUACCGUCAAUUGUUGCUAUCAUAUCGCGUGCAUUGCAUGUGAUGUAGGUGGAGUACCAAUUCAGUGAUACUAAUCUGGUCGCGAACGACUUCCUAAUGAAGAUCAUGAACAAAGAUCCACAAGGCUUCGUUCCGAUGUCGGUUGUCGCAUCUUGGAAGAAGAUAAAAUCUCUGGGUGCAAACCAUCACAUGCUCAUCAAAGCACUUGGGACCUCAACCAAGCUCGCUCUUAGCGAGGACGGCAAGAAGAUUCGGCGUAAACAACUCUUCACGGAGCGAGACAAAGAGGAACUGCAGUCUCGCACUGUUGUGGUAGAGAACUUGCCCGAGGAUUACUCACGUCAGAACCUUGGAAAGCUUUUCAGCGUUGUUGGGAGCGUGAAGAACAUCCGGAUAUGCCAUCCUCAAGAACCCAAUUCUGCCACAAGUUCCAAAAGCGAUGUGCUAAUCAAUAACAAGCUGCAUGCACUCGUGGAGUAUGAGAGUACCGAGCAAGCUGAGAAGGCAGUUGAGAAGCUAAACGACGAAAGGAACUGGAGAAAAGGCCUUCGAGUUCGAACUAUGCUAAGAUGCUCGCCAAAAUCCGUGAUAAGAAGCAAGAAAUUAGACUUCGAUCACUUCGAUCUGUACGCCGAGGACGAUCGAUCACCUUCCUCUCCAACAUUAGGCUCUCCUCGCAUCGAACACCUACUUGACCACAGCACGGAAGACAACCAAAGCGGUUCCAGAAAAGGACGGGGAAGGGGGCGAGCCAAGUCGCAUGGACUACUGCUUCAGAGUCACAGUGAGAGUGGCUUACUGCCCCACUCGCCACACUCAGGCGGCGCCCUCGGCCAUGGAGAAGCCUCGAGCAAGCAGAGUCCGCAGGGGCCAAGAAUGCCCGACGGCACGCGCGGGUUCGCCAUGGGUCGCGGGAAGCCGCUGAGCCCUGUGCUUGGACGCGCGCCAUCACCAGCAGCAGCAGGUCCAUGAGUCGUCCCUUCACCCGUGAAUCAGAAGCCGGUGGCUGUGGGGAACAUCCCGCUUUCCUUCAUAGCGAUGGUGAAAGGUGUUGUAAUGAUUAGCUGCUCGCUGGCUGGGUUGAUCGGAGUGAGCGACGCUGUAAUUCUUCCCUCUUUUCCCACUGUCGAGUGCUCAUUUUGUUCCUUCAUUGCUUCAACCACUGAUUUGUACGAUGUAAUGGUCUGCAGCUAGAAACCAAUAAAUCUUCGGAUGAAUACUUCGUUCCUAUGAUAAAAAUA